AUGGCACUUCGAGAUCUUACAAUACUUUCCAAGCUCUCCAGCAAAGCUACCAGCAUUUUCGCCCUGGACAUGUCUUUAUCGGACAUGUUAGGAGUCAGAGCCCUCUAUCAUUUGUUUCGACUCAAAGCUUCCGCCACCAGCCUGUCUUUGAUCCUUGCCAUCCUUUCUGGCUUUCUGAGCCCACUUUCUGCCACCCUGUUCACUUCUCAAGCCAUCCCUGGGACGCAUGAUGUGCUCGUCAAGCAGACUAGUUGGUUUGGUCCAGCUCCCCCCUCUGAUGAUUGGAUCCAGUCGAGUGCUUUUAGCCAGAUGGAGCUAUCUCUUAGGAGCAUGCUUCUAAAUAAUCAAGUCAACAAUUUCAUCUAUCCCGAAUUUACUUAUGGUGACUUGGUCUUCCCCAGCGUUGAGAUUGACGGAUCACAAACCUUUUGGAGUCCCGAAAACUCCAUCAAAGUGAAUGUAACCGCAGCGAAGCUUGUCUCAGAUUGCUCUAGGCUUCUCCCAGGGGACUACAAUCUCACUGUCGUAAAAAAUCAGUACGAUUUAAAAGCAACGAUAGAGAUAAAGUCCCAUUACCAGUACGGGCAGAAUAUCUCAGAACCACAGAAGAACUUUAGCUUCAUUGCAAACCUUGGAAACGACAUAACGUCAUACUUUGCUCAUAAUCUCGCUGCGCGAUCACCUUUCUCUCUGGACAUGCAACUCCACAUUGGCCCAGGUCCCCACUGGGCUGACACUAUCGACUCUGGACAUCCUCCAGUCCCGGAUUCAUCAAAGUUGAAGCCCUAUGAGCCACCUUUAGUUAUUUACAACGACUUUCUUGAGAAUUUUGGAUCCACACUUUAUUCUUUAAUAGUAGGAUUUAAGAGGAUUGGCCACAUCUUCCCAGCCAUCUUUGAACCGUGGGGCUCUUUCCGACUGGAGAGUGUAGCCGACCCGGGUCAAGAUCUCAAGUUAAUAGAAGCUGCCAAAUUCAAAUUUGACAUUCUAGCCGCCCAGAUGGUUUCUAUCCAAAACCGAUACAGCAUCAACGAGUCUUUUGGGUCAGCAUUUUUUCCAACCCUGAAAGGCAUAAUUGUGGACAAUAACCGCCCCCGGCUGGUCCAAAAUUUUCCUGUUACCGUCACGAUGAUAGUGAUACUAUCGCUUGUUUUGGCCUUCCAUACAUGGAGUCUUAUCUCCGCAGCCCUAUGGAAAGCCCUCGGGAGUGGGCGGAAAUGGCUCCUGGACUUGGAGCUGAAAGGGUUAGCACCUUCUGGGUUUGGCAGCAUAGCGAUGAUGAACGCCCUGCUUUAUGGGUCGAACAUCCGUGAGAAACUCCCGAGAGGUGCUGAAUUUAUGUCAGCUAAGGACACAUCGAUGAGUUUUGAGAAUGUGGAAUGCCGGCUUGGGUGGUUUUAUAACACCAGGACAGAGCAGCAGCAAUACACAGUUGGCAUUGUCGAAAGAGGCGAGUUCGAGUUUAUCAACAGAGAGAAACGUUGA